GCAUGGUUCACUCCAGCAUGGGGGCUCCAGAAAUAAGAAUGUCUAAGCCCCUGGAGGCCGAGAAGCAAGGUCUGGACUCCCCGUCAGAGCACACAGACACUGAAAGAAAUGGACCAGACACUAACCAUCAGAACCCCCAGAAUAAGACCUUGCCGUUCUCCGUGUCCCCAACUGGCCCCAGCACCAAGAUCAAGGCUGAAGACCCCAGUGGUGACUCAGCCCCAGCAGCACCCCCGGCCCCCCAGCCGGCUCAGCCGCAUCUGCCCCAGACCCAACUCAUGUUGACGGGCAGCCAGCUAGCCGGGCUCACGGCGCUGAUGCCAGCCCAGCAGCAGCUCCUCCUGCAGCAAGCGCAGGCCCAGCUCCUGGCCGCCGCUGUGCAGCAGUCCAGCGCCGCCGCCGCCGCUGCCGCCGCCUCCUCCACCUCCUCCUCCUCCUCUUCUUCCUCCUCCUCUGCCUCCUCCUCGACCUCGCAGCCCCAAGCCUCCUCCGGGGGAGGCGACCUGCCGCCACCACAGCCUGCCAGCCAGCCCCCCGGGACCCCACAGCUCACCCUGUCCCAGCCCAUCCAGCUCACAGCACAGGACAUACAGCAGCUCCUCCAGCUCCAGCAGCUGGUGCUUGUGCCGGGUCACCACCUCCAGCCACCUGCUCAGUUCCUGCUGCCGCAGGCCCAGCAGAGUCAGCCAGGCCUGCUACCGACGCCAAAUCUAUUCCAGCUACCUCAGCAAUCCCAGGGAGCUAUUCUGACCUCCCAGCCCCGGGCCGGGCUGCCCACACAGCCCCCCAAAUGCUUGGAGCCACCAUCCCACCCCGAGGAGCCCAGUGACCUGGAGGAGCUGGAGCAGUUCGCCCGCACCUUCAAGCAACGCCGCAUCAAGCUGGGCUUCACACAGGGAGAUGUGGGCCUCGCUAUGGGCAAGCUCUACGGCAACGACUUCAGCCAGACGACCAUCUCCCGCUUCGAGGCCCUCAACCUGAGCUUCAAGAACAUGUGCAAACUCAAGCCCCUCCUGGAGAAGUGGCUCAAUGAUGCAGAGACUAUGUCUGUGGACUCAAGCAUGCCCAGCCCCAACCAGCUGAGCAGCCCCAGCCUGGGUUUCGACGGACUCCCUGGCCGGAGACGCAAGAAGAGGACCAGCAUCGAGACCAACGUCCGCUUCGCCUUAGAGAAGAGUUUUCUAGCGAACCAGAAGCCUACCUCAGAGGAGAUCCUGUUGAUCGCGGAGCAGCUGCACAUGGAGAAAGAAGUCAUCCGCGUCUGGUUCUGCAACCGGCGCCAGAAGGAGAAACGCAUCAACCCCUGCAGCGCAGCCCCCAUGCUGCCCAGCCCGGGCAAGCCAGCCAGCUACAGCCCCCAUCUGGUCACAUCCCAAGGGGGCGCCGGGACCUUGCCGUUGUCCCAAGCUUCCAGCAGUCUGAGCACAACAGUUACUACCUUAUCCUCAGCUGUGGGGACGCUCCACCCCAGCCGGACAGCCGGAGGAGGUGGGGGCGGGGGUGGGGCUGUGCCCCCCCUCAAUUCCAUCCCCUCUGUCACUCCCCCGCCGCCCCCGGCCACCACCAACAGCACAAAUCCCAGCCCUCAAGGCAGCCACUCGGCUAUCGGCUUGUCGGGCCUGAACCCCAGCACGGGAAGCACAAUGGUGGGGUUGAGCUCCGGGCUGAGUCCAGCCCUCAUGAGCAACAACCCUUUGGCCACUAUCCAAGCCCUGGCCUCUGGUGGAACCCUGCCCCUUACCAGCCUUGAUGGCAGCGGGAACCUGGUGCUGGGGGCGGCCGGUGCGGCCCCGGGGAGCCCCGGCCUGGUGACCUCGCCGCUCUUCUUGAACCAUGCCGGGCUGCCCCUGCUCAGCGCCCCGCCUGGCGUGGGCCUGGUCUCCGCAGCCGCUGCGGCCGUGGCAGCCUCCAUCUCCAGCAAGUCUCCUGGCCUCUCCUCGUCGUCGUCCUCCUCCUCGUCCUCCUCCUCCUCUACUUGCAGCGAGGCGGCAGCACAGACCCCUGGAGGCCCAGGGGGCCCUGAGGCAGGGUCCAAGCCCGAGUGAGGGCCCACCAUGCCUCCCCUCCUCCUCCUCUGACCCCCACCUCGGCUUCCCGCCUGGGAAGAGGGCAAGGAGGCCAGCAGUGGGGACACAGGGGGUCCUCGAGCAGGAGUGACAAGGGAGGAAAGACCAAAAAAACCAACCAACCAAAAAAAAUUAAAUAAACCAAGAGAGAGAAGAAACCAACCAACAAAAAAGAAAACCAAAAAUAAUCACAACAGAAACCAGCUGCCCCAAAGGAACCAGAGGUGAAAAACAAACAAAACCAAAAACAAACAACCCCCCCCCACCAAGCCGAACAAACCAAAAACCACACCAAAAGUCACGAGCCAGACCUCAGCGUGCUCACCCUCACCGCUGUGACACCAAAUAAGAACCCCAGCCGCGGAGAAGCCUCCGAGGUCGGACCUCAGCUGAGCCCUGGCUGUGGGACCAACCCCAAACUUGCCUCCCCCUUGGGGGGCAACAGAGAAAGAAAAAGAGAAUGUGCCAGCCUCCCAGCCCCAGCCCAGACCGUCCCGCGAUGGGGCACAGCCCGGGGCAGUGGGCUUGGGCUCAGAACCAUCAACCAAAUGUUCUUUUCCAGAAGGUGAAAGGGCCUGAACAACUUUACACCAAAUAUUCAGUAGCUUCAUCCAAAGGAUGUACAGAAUUUUUAGCAUUGCGCUCAACAGAAUGUGUCCCUAAAAUGUGUCCCCUUGUCCCUUGGACCCCAGGCUCUCCCCACCUGGGCAGGGGGUCUCGCUUUAACCUCCUCACUCCCCCUUACCCCCAGCCAGGGGAGCGUCCAGGGGAAGGCCUGGGAUGACUUUUCACCCCUUGUACCUCCCCUUUUUCCCUUUGAAGGGUAGGCUAGGCCAUUUUGCCAAGUUCUAGCUCUCACACGCUCCACCCCCCCCUCAACCCCAUCACCCUCCUCUGCUCUGGAAUCUACCCUCCUCCCCUGCCCGUGGGAAGGUGGACAUUUCAGGCAAGAGGGGAUGAGGCGAGGGCAUUCAAGUUGUCUUUUUUUCCAUCCUUGUCUGUCGGUUUCCCUGAAAAAAAAAUUCAUAUUCCAGUGCCUAUCCGUGGGAUCCUUCCCGUCUUUGACCAGAAACCAAAAAGAGAGCUCACCUCGCUCUUCCCACCCUGUGCCCCUCUGACACUGGCAGAUGCCUCUUCCUCUCCUCCCCACACACAUGCACACACGCACGCACCCCAGUGGUGGGGUUCCUCGAGAUGGCGACCCCAUCAGGGUCCACGUGGUGGGGACAGCGCCACGGCCUGCGGGCCCGUCUGAGAGGGCACUGUGGUGGCCACCACUCCCUCCCACGAGUCUCGGCUGGACCCGUGUCUGCCCGGCCCCGUACGCAUCUCCACGGACGGAGGAGACAACCCACUGGGAGCCACUUUACCCUCCUGCUGUCGUGGAGGCCGACAAAGUUUUGAACCAAAAAAAGAAACCAAACAAACAAAAACAAAAAACCAAACAAUAAAUUAAAACUAGAAAAAAAAAGAAUUUAUAGAUAUAUAUAUAUUUAAGGGAAAGAAGAUAAGGACUCUUCAAGAAUACGAAGGAGCCGCGAGGUGGAGCCAAGUCCCUGCACCGGUGGUCCAGGCCCUUGGUCCCCAAGGCGGA